GCGGAGAAAAGUACCUCAAAAAGAAGAAUGAGAUUAAUCCUGCGUCGACCUCUUGUUGGUCCGCGGCGGCGUCCGUCACCUCCGUGUCUGUCCUGAGCUCGGCGGUCCGCCUGACGUCACCACCUGUCCGGCAGCGCAGCCCCUGUCAGUCGGAGCGGUCGCCAUUUCGCUGCAGCAGUGUUGCGGGGGCCGUGUUCAAUUCGACUCGCCAGUGCGUUGUGUUGUGUGCCGUGUGGUCCGUGUGGUCGCCGAGCUCCGCUGUGCUCAGCUAGUGCCGCCAGUGCAGUGAGCGGGGGCCUUGUUGUGCGAGUGAAGCGCGAGUGUAAAAGCAAACGGCCUCAUGAUGAUGGCGGGGCAGACCAUCAAUGACAGGUUACUAGCGGCCCGACACAGCAUAGCCGGCCAGGGGCUGGCCAAGUCGGUGUGCAAGGCCACCACGGAGGAGAUGAUCGGGCCCAAGAAGAAACAUCUUGAUUAUCUCAUCCAUUGCACCAAUGAGCCAAAUGUGUCGAUUCCCUCGCUGGCCAACUUGCUCAUCGAGCGUUCACAGAAUGCCAACUGGGUGGUGGUUUAUAAAGCCCUUAUUACUGUACAUCACAUGAUGUGUUAUGGAAAUGAGCGAUUUACCCAGUACUUAGCAUCAAGCAACAGCACAUUCCAACUCAGUAACUUUUUAGACAAAAGUGGGGUCCAAGGAGCGCGUGUCGGUUAUGAUAUGUCUCCAUUCAUCAGGAGAUAUGCCAAAUACCUUAAUGAAAAGGCGUUGUCAUAUCGAACUGUAGCCUUUGAUUUUUGCAAAGUCAAGCGAGGGAAAGAAGAUGGCACACUUCGCACAAUGAACGCAGAGAAAUUACUAAAGACAUUGCCUGUACUUCAAUCUCAGUUGGAUGCAUUGUUAGAAUUUGACUGUUCGCCAAAUGACCUCACCAAUGGUGUUAUUAAUAUGUGCUUCAUGCUUCUCUUCCGUGACCUCAUACGACUUUUUGCUUGCUACAAUGACGGAAUUAUAAAUCUUCUUGAAAAAUACUUUGAUAUGAAUAAGAAACAAUGCAGAGAUGCUUUAGACCUGUACAAAAAAUUCCUUAUAAGGAUGGACCGGGUUGGUGAGUUCCUUAAAGUAGCUGAGAACGUGGGCAUUGAUAAAGGAGACAUACCAGAUUUAACCAAAGCUCCCAGCAGCUUACUAGAUGCAUUGGAACAACAUCUUAAUGCAUUGGAAGGCAAGAAGGGUAGUGCGGCAAACACUCCUACACAAUCUGCAAGCAACAGAACGAAUGUUAAGUCCGGGGUGUCCGCCCUGUCUUCCACUAGCAGUGCAUUUGGAACAGCAGCGAGCAGUGCGAGAUUGGAUGAGCACGGAGGACAAAUCGAUGAGGCUCUGCGACGGCAAGUUUUAGCAGAGGAGGAGGCAGCAAUGAACCAAUACAAAGCUAAAGUUUCUUCCCCUACUGCUGCGGCCAGUACAAACCCUUUCCUAUCUUCACCUACAAUCUCAAGCUCAGUGGACCUCUUUGCUCCAGUUGAUAUUGGCGGCAUGCAACAACAGCAGUCCUCCAAAGCAUCAGAUGAUCUCCUUCAGCUGAGUGGGAACCCAUUCGCGGAUAUGUUUGGAACUGCCCCCGCGCCAGCUGCCGCCCCAACUGCAGUACCUGGUGUCAACUCCUGGAUGACCAAUGGAUUUGCUGGUGGUGUUGCCCCUGCCCCUACAUCAAACAAUGCUUUUGCUAUCUUUGGUGACUCAGAGCCUGCAAGUAAUGCUGCUACUACAACUAUGAUGGGAGGAGGUAGUGUAACUAGUGCGGCUGCUGGGAUUCCCAACCCCUACGAGGGCAUGGGGGGCGCCCCCUCCCCGGCCCGGGCCCCGGCCUCCGCCCCUGUAGCAGCCGACAUGUUCGGCGGUGACCUGUUCGGUGCGGCCCAGCCUCACGGCUCGCCGGCGCGGCCGCCGCUGCCGGGGGUCGCCGAUAGUCCAAGUGUGUCCCAGACCAACUCCCCCGCGCGACGCGCCAGCAAGUCGGCCUUUGACGACCUGAAUGACAGCAUCCGCGCUGCGCUCGGCUCCCCUGCCAAGCAGACAGGGCCCAUGGCAGCCCAGGCGCCAGCGGCCCCCGUGGCGGCCGUGGGCCCCGGGGUGUUGGCUGGGCCGCAGUUCCCCCCGCCGGGGGCGGGACUGGCGGGGCUCGGAUCACCGGCUAAGCAGCCCGCCAUGGCGGCGGCAGGCUCCGUGUUUGACGCUCUAGGAGAAGUGCUACAGCCGGCUGGGGGUUCAUCUCUGGCCCUUUCAGCAGCAGGCGGGACCGCGGCGCAGACGGGGCCUGGCAAGGUUUUAACCGGAGACCUGGAUUCCAGUCUGGCAUCGCUUGCGGAAAACCUGUCCAUGAACAAGGGUGCACAACAGAACGUCAAGGGUGUCCAGUGGAAUUCACCGAAAAAUACUGCUAAGGCUGGCGGUGUAGCUGGUGGAUGGACUCCUCAACCUAUGGCUGCAACAACUGGUGCCAACUAUAGGCCAAUGGGGCAAGGAAUGGCUUCAUCAAUGAAUUUUCAUAUGGGAAUGAAUAUGGAUAUGACUAUGCCUACUCAGUUCCCUGCCAUGCAAUCAAUGCAGGGCAUGGCCCCCGGCAUGGUGCCGGUGCAGGGCAUGGCCCCGGGCAUGGCCCCCAUGCGGCCCGUGCAGCCCGUGAUGGGUGGGGGUGCUGGUGGCGGUAGCAUGGCAGUCCCUGCACAGCCGGCGGCGGCAGCUCAGCCGGCACAACCUCAGACGCUGGAUCCGUUCGGAGCCCUGUGAGGAGCUUCCCUCACGGCACGCAGCCUUAUGCACUCUCUAGGAUUUCAAGUGGAACUAAUGGCACCAUGUUGUAUAUAUUGUUAAUUUUAUCAGAAAUUGUUUCUUGUAAGACAAAUUGGAAAAUUGGUUGAUUUGGCUGUGGAUGGAUUAAGCAUUGCUUCUCAUGGCCUGAGUGCUUAUCUCCCUCCAAGUAAACUAGGCAUCGUCUGUCCUAUGGAGGCUAAGUGUCCUUUUUAUGUAGUAUUUAGGUAUUGCUGUUAUUCAUUUUUAUUGUUGUUGUUGAUUUGGUUCCUUUUGUUUUCAAUAAACCAAAAUUCUUCCAAGGUACUACACGGACAACGGGUUUUUUGUAAACUACAUGGAUACAUAUCUGUAAAUCAUGUUUCUAUUUGGUCUGUCUGAUCAAUGGACCGUUUUUAAGUUGUUGCUUUUUUUUUUAAUGUUAUGUUUUAAAUUUAUUGCUCGGUAAUAAAUAUGAAGUUGAUGAAUUGUACUGAUAGGCCUCAGAUCAUGUUAGUGACUGCACAAAUAGUCUUAUUGCCUGCAUUGUAUAGUGAUGAACUUAUUGGCAUGCCAUAUUGGCUUCUCAUCUAUUGCCGUGUUUCCUUGUCAAAAUACUCAUGGGUGAAAGAUGCAAGAUUGUGAUAGUGUGAAUGUGUUGGUGAAUGUUGCCGGUUGAGUGAUUUUUAUGUACAUUAAAUGCGUGCUUGUGAAAUGCUGAAGUGACAGUGGCAAGAACCUCUAGCAGAUUGUUCUUACACUAUGUUUGCUUUGCAUUUAUUGUAUUAUACAAAUUAUUUUAUAAGUAGUGAAUGUGCCCGGAUGUGUGUACAUACAUAGCCUUAGGAAUUUGUAAAAAGAUAGGUGUGUUUGGAGACAAUACUUGGUACAUGUCCUAAAUAUGGAUCUGUACUUUUAAAUCAAACAUUAGAUUCAGGAACUAUUUCCGUACUGUGUAGAGUAUCAAAGAUUUAUGAAAUGUAAGGUUAAAAAGAGAUUAAAUAUAUUUGAUGUUGCCUAUCAGGUGUUCAAAUUGCAAUUUAUUACUGUCCCAAGGUACUGAGACAAAAUACAGGUAACUAAGUAAUCGAAUGCUUUGGAACUAUUGCCUUGUAUGUGUAGAUAAGACAAAAUGCAGAAUUCUGUCUAGGAACUAUUAAUUCGUAAAUAUGCUAUUCUCUUCUGCUCUGGAGGAAUAUAAAUAUGUAUAGUUACAAGUAAAUGUGCACGAAAUUGAGACAUAUGUAUAAAUAUGAUGGAAAGAUUAUAUGUACACAGAAAAAUAUAUGAUUAUAUGUGAAGUUAAAGAAAUUGCCAUGUUGCGCUAUUUUGUAACUUGAGCUUUUCAAAACCCUCCUUUUUAGGCUCAAGUAUUUUUUGUUAGAUUUUAAAAUUUAUUAACAUUCCAGAUGGAUAUGGAUAUUCCAGUGCAAUAACUUCGAAGUGAUAGCGAGAUUUGGGUGUGUGCCCGAAAUGCCCUUAUCCUUUUUAGAUGCUCUGCAGUGUAAUGUUAAAUUGAAUGUGAUGUUACGUGAACUUGGCCCGGGCACUUGAACAUAUGUUUUGAUGCAGGUUGAAAAUCAUCUUGUGCUCAACUCUCAUUUCAUUGUUGAAAUGUUUAAGAACAGUAUUGGGGCUAUUUGUGCUUGCCGUGGACGGUGUACUGAAAUCAAUUGUUUUGCGAGCUCACCUCAUGUUAAUUUAUUGCCAUGUAUUCCUGUGUUAACGUUUUCAUAGCUCUUUAUAUAAAUCUUUCUUUCUACUUUUUUUUUUUUUUUGAUUGUAGCAAGAAAAUAAAUCAAAGUGAAUUAAAAAA